AUCAUUUAAUACAUGUAUAGAUUGAAUAAAUUGGCAAUAUUUAUUUUUUAUUUAAUAAAAGGAAAGCGUUUGUCUCGAAGGCCACGGGAAGCAUGCACACUACGUGUUGUUUUGCGUAAUAGACGUAGCGAUCGCAUCAGCUAAAGUAUUGAAAACAAACUAUGUCAUCGAGAACCGGCUUAGAUGUUAGUUGAAUCACGUAGAUAAUUGAUUUUAUUACACGGGACGGAUACGACACGUUUGAUACGACACGAUUGACAGAUUUCGAAUGAACUAUAACAUGUAUAUAAGAUUUCUUGACUGUGAGACAUUUGUGACAGUAAUAGUUUGUUAUUAAUAAAUUUAUUUCUGUACUGACUUGGCAAAAUAAAUUAUAAUAAUUAAAAUUAGUAAGCCGACGGGAAGUGGUUUAAUUACAAUCUUAGUCACAUCUCUCCCUAUUCCACCAGGGCGUUGUCGCAUCGUCGAGUGUAAAUCAACGUAUCUUAACUAUUGACUACGCUGCGCAUGAGUUUAUAAAACCAGUCGCUAUGUUGCAACAUUUCUCAUACCACUGCCAGCUAUCAUUCGGUUCGGACGUAUUUAAAGAUGGCGAAAGAAGAUACGAUUAAGGGUGUUCUGUAUGUGUUGAAUGUGAUAUACGCCGUGUUUGGGCUCGUGACGGCCGCGACGGGUGUCUGGUUCUUUGUGCAACUAUCAGAAUUCGUGGCCUUGAGAAAUAGUAACCAUUACCUGUUGGACUAUAGAGUGUACUGGCCACAGGUAGCACCAUGGUUCUUCAUAUUUUUGGGACUUUUCGUCAUGAUUGUGGCCUUCUGUGGAUGGUUUGGUGCUAACAAAGAGAGCAGAGGAUUACUCGGUAUUUAUGGAUUUUUCUUCAUACUUAUUAUCCUUGGACAAGUGAUCGCUGCGACGUUGAUCUUCGUAUACGUUAACGGCGAAGACACAGACAGAUUCAUAAAGGAUACGGUUUACGAUGGAUAUUACAACUCCCAGUCCAACCCUGAUGUCUUCAAAGCGUUUGGAAGGAUCGAAAGGAAGCUGAGGUGCUGCGGUGCGAACGACGCCAGAGAUUACAGGAGCUGGAGGAACGACCUGCCUUUGACCUGCUGUCAAGACAGCUACUACAGGGCAACAUGUGACUUCACUGAUAAGGAAGCUAAUGAGAGAUUAGGUUGUGCUAAGGUUGCAUCCGUGUAUACAAAGAUUAUCAGUUCGUCCGUCGCCGGCGCGUCUCUACUUAUAUCUCUAGUUGAGAUCACGGGAGUUAUCCUCGCCUGGAAGCUGUUUAACACUUUGAGAGAAGUUGAACAUUAUAUCACGGAGCGAAAAGAGGGUGAGACGGAAUGUUAACAUUCGAGGUAAUAUUAUAAUUGUAAUGAAUCUUUGUACAAAGCCGUAUUGGGUAUUGUGACCGGAGCAAUUUAACGCUUGAAUAGUUCAGGUGCGAAUCUAUUAUGAUUCUAAAUAUUUUACAAUGUAAACACUAUAUAUAUAUAUAUAUGCGCUAAAUACCAUUCAUAGGUCUUUGCAAAGCAAAGAAGCGUGUUAUUAAACAGAUAUUUUUUUAAUUUCCAUAAUUAUAAAUGACGUCAUUUCAAUCAAGAUGGAGGCUAUAAGCGCCGCUUAUAAAAGUAUAUGUUAAGGAAAAUAUAAGUUAUGUUAAUUGUGUGAAUUCCUUAUAUAACAAGUUUCUAGCAUAAAUGUUUGUGUAGUUAGAGGCCACGGUCACAAUAACUGAUAUGAAUGAUAACCUUAGCUAAAUUUUACCACCGAUUGUAUAUGGCCUACCGUUAACGCAAGUCUGUUCUUUAAUACCUUUAUUAUAAGGUCGAUAAUGAUCUGCAUUCCGAAUCGAAUUCGACGAAUCGAGUCGAAUCCUAAGCGAUUUUCUUUUUUUUGAAAGUUAUUCUUCUAGGUAAUUUUAUUUUUUUUAGAAUAAAAUUCGUUUCCUUGGUAAGGAAAUAUAUGAAAUUUUAUUCAUAGUUUGUUUCGUAUAUACCGAACUGACUUUUGCUCUUAUGUUACCAUUUGUGUCAUUUAAAUCAUUAUAUCGUAAUAUCUUAUUGUAAUUUUAUUUAUAGUUUAUAAACUUUCGAUAAAAAUUUUGAUAUUAUAAGAAAUUUUAUAUUUUAAUCUUAAUAUAUUUAGAUUUGAAUACGAAACUUCAGUAUUUUAGUAAGUUUUACAUGUAUAUUGUAAUAUUGAUCGCAGCUUAGUAAGACAAACUAUAAAUAUACUUAUAAAUAACAUUCCAAUCUCACGAACAAGAAUCGAAUCUGUUAUUCUCGACACAAACGCCUGAUGCUGUUUCCGUUGGUUAAGACCGGUGUAAUAUUUUUUAUUCUCGAAUCGUUUAAAUCGAAAUUAUAUUUAUAAUCUCGAUAAGGGCCACACCUAGUUCAAAGUUCAUUCGACGCCUUAUUUAAUCAUUAAUAUCCUCCUUAAGUUAUGAAUCACCUGCCUUGACUCAUAACUCGGUAUAUGACCUCGAUGCCCCACGACAGUAGCUCGUAACAAAUGCUUGGUUAUGCAAGUUAGCAGAGUACAUAACUGACCUUCCAAUCUAUGGUUUUAGUGUUAAGCCUUAUCGCUACUUUGAUAGACUAUUUAUAUGAAUUGACAUAUGAAUAGCAGAAAGAAAUGGUGUGCAAAGGUGGUCAUAUAUAUUGAAUAUAUAAUUUGAACAAUACAAUAUACAUAUAAUAUAAAAUAUAUUGAUAUAUUAUAUUCAAGGAAAUAUAAAUUGCAUACUAUAUAUAUAAACAUGUAUGUAUCUAUGUACUUUUAAAACUUUUUAAUUACAGUAGACUUAGGUGAUGUUGGAUAUUAUUAAAUAUUCUUUUGGGAGUCUUUAUAAUGGUUGAAUAUAUUAAUUUCAUGUUGCAAGAGCGAUUAGGUGCAAACAGCGUCGUAAGCUGUGCUUGGAUUGUCGUCUUGUAGUGGGGUAUGAGAAAAAUUUGACCUCGGCUCGCUUAGCUACUUGCCUAUAAUUUGGUACUUACUUGUGAUGUUAGCUAAGCUUAUGAUUUGACUUUGUUUAAUUUGGAUGCAACUUAAGUGUCGGUACUAUACAUAGCAUUGCUUUUUUAAUUUAAUUAUUAAAAUUCCAAUCUUUUUUAUUUUAUAUAUACAUCAAUAUCCUACAAUUACUUUUUGUAUUUUUUAUUCAAAUUUACGAAACAUUUAUAAUAUAUCUAUGCAUGAACAUGUACAUUUAUUUUCGAAACCGUUACAUGCAUUUUGAAUAUUUUUAAUAAAAUUAGUAUGGACGUAAGUACACAUACUUUGUAUGUACGGGCGUGUUUGUUUACGUUUCGUCAUAGGAUUGUGUAAGGUCUUUUUUAAGGUCCAUCGAUGGUAUAGAUGUCUUACGACACGAGUUUCGUAACUAUGGAAAAAAAGUAGGCCGUGACCAACACACAUGUGUGCUUAUUAUACAUAUAAUAUUUGCGAAAUCGUUUUGAUCUAAUGUUAAUGGUGCCAUCAUAAAGAAAACUUGUAUUGCGACAUAUUUUUUACAACUUAGGCCGUUGCUAUUAAAAUAUACAUAUAAAAUUAAUUAUAUUCCCAAUCAAUCUGUCUAUAUUUAUAUUAUAUAUAUAUAUAUCAAUGUGUUUCCGUCCUUUUAUACGUCACAUUUUUUUUAAAAUAAAUACAAUAUUUUUUUAUAUGUAACUGUUUAUUCACAUGCCAAAGAAAUGUGUACAAAUGUUCGCAUUCAUUUUAAAUGAAAUCAGAAUAUAUGAAAUGGUAAUAAAUAAAUAUAAUAUUGCAUGCAAUAAAUAAAUGUUAUAACAGUUAAGAUAUCGAACCACUGAAUUAUAUUAAUUUAUAAGAUAUUUUUAUACAUUAAAAAUAUAUUUAAAUUAAGUCGGAACUAGUCUUAAGGCGUUCAUAUAAAUAUUAUAAUUUAAAUAAAUGAUUGAAUCUCAA